AAAGUAAUAAAGAAGGUAAAAAAAGAGUUGAAGGUAGCGAAGAAGAAAAUAAUGAAGAUAAUAAAGAUAGUGAAGAAAUUAAAGAUUAUAAAGAAGCUGAUAAAGCAAAUGAUGAAGAUAAACUUACUAUUCUUCAUAGAUCUUCAAUCAUUCAAUUUGAUAUGACACAAAUAAGUGGAGCAUUAAUAUUAAAUAUAGAAAACAAUCAGAAUUUAAACUCAGAAUAUAAUCAGGACCUUUUAAAUCAACUUAUGCUCUUGAAGUAUAAACCUCAAAUCCCUCAAGAGCUUAGAGUUAGUUCUUUUUUAAAGAAUAAUUCUUUAGAACAAUCAGAUGCAAUAAAAAAACAAUUGGAUACUUUUUUUGCAUUAAUGUCUACUUGCUAUCAAACAAUUUUUGAUGUUAAUAAUUUAGCAUAUCAAAUUGAAAUAUCACGUAGAAUGUCUUUGCGAUUUCUAUAUAAAUUUAAUCUUGCUUAUAAUUAUUUAAAGGAAUGGACAAUGAAAUUCACAAGCUGCGAUAAAGGAACAAAGUCAGCAACUCAAGUAAGAGCUCUUCUUAUUGGCAAAGAGUCUCCUUACAAUAUAUUUAAU